CGUUUCGCUGAAACGGAUGUAAAUAAUAGGGCAACGACGAUCAUCCCGACCUACGCAAUUGUUCAACCCAUUUUUUGCACGUUUUGAACUUCCUGAGUUACGGAAAGUUGUCCGUCUUUUCCUUCAUGCGCGCAUUCUGAUCUCUCAUCCAAAAUUCCGUUCUCCAGUGUGUAUUGUGGAUUCAGACUUCAGAUUAUGCCUCUGGUGUGCUUUGGAAUAGCGAUAGCGUUUCUAACAGGACACUCAGCAUCCUUUGAUUUGCAUCUUCGGGGUCCAUCUUUUGUGAUGGAACCUCCCCCACAAUUGGAAUUUUCCAACUCCAGUGGCGGCUGGUUAGAUUGUUCGGCCUCGGGCAGCCCUCAACCCUCCAUAGACUGGCUGUCUGCCGACGGUACGUCAGUAGGGGACGUUUCCGGGAUCAGAAGAGUGUUGAGGAAUGGAACUCUGUUUCUUCAGCCCUUUGCCGCGGCAUCAUAUCGACAAGAUAUACAUAGUACAGUAUAUAGAUGUGUGGCGUCGAAUACAGUUGGACGCAUCAUCAGUAGAGACGUCCAAGUUAGGGCUGUCGUGACACAGGCAUACAAAGUGGAUGUGGAAGUUAGAGGUGCAGCAAGGGGAUGUACGGCUCUUCUAAAAUGCGUUAUUCCAGCAUUUGUUAAGGAUUUAGUUCGCAUCAUAUCUUGGGUACAGGAACCUUCCCUUUUCAUUUAUCCGUCAUUACAAGGAGAUGGGAAAUUUCAUCAGUUGCCAACUGGAGAACUUCUCAUCCACAAUUUGGAGUUCAGCGAUCAAUUUCCAUCGUAUAGAUGUAGAACAAUGCAUCGACUUAGCCGUCAAGUGAUAGUUAGUGGUCCCGCAAAUAUAAGGCUAACGGAACAUCGAGGAAUCGUUCCUCCAGUGAUAGCUGAGAAUUCUGACUCAAUAACAGUAUCGCAGGACGAAGGAGCUGCUUUAAUAUGUAUCGCUCAAGGAUGUCCAUCUCCAGAAUAUCGCUGGUACUCACACUCUGGUACUGAGACCAACCUCGUAAUUCCUGGACCAAGAAUGCGUCAAUUGGGACCUGUGCUAGCCAUUGAAGCUGUGACGAUGGAGGAUGGUGGUGUUUAUCGAUGUUCUGCUUCAAACGCUGGAGGAGAAGCAAGUGCAGAACUGAGGCUUAUAGUUUCUACACCUUUGCACGUGGAAAUAACACCAGCACUCCUCAGUGUUCACAUGGGAGGCAGUGCAGAAUUCAGAUGCGUGAUAUCAACUCAAAGCGGAGGACCACAUCUAGUUACCUGGUAUAAGGAUGGCAGGCAGCUCCCCAGUACCGGAAGAGGAUCCAGUGAGACACUUAUGAUUAACAAUGUAGGUAGGGAGGAUCGAGGAAUGUAUCAAUGCAUUAUAAGACGAGCUGAAGGAGAUACUGCUCAAGCGGCAGGGGAACUACAGCUUGGGGAUGCUCCACCCAUGCUCAUUUACUCAUUCAUCGAACAAACUUUACAACCAGGCCCGGCAGUUUCCCUGAAAUGUAGUGCAUCUGGAAAUCCAACACCUGAAAUUUCAUGGAGUUUGGAUGGUUUCCAACUACCAAGCCACGGACGGUUUGUUAUUGGUCAGUAUGUGACCGUACAUGGUGAUGUCAUCAGUCACGUGAAUAUAAGUCACGUUAUGGUGGAGGAUGGAGGAGAAUACACAUGUACAGCGAAAAAUAGAGCUGGAACAAGUUCUCACUCCGCCAGAUUGAACGUUUAUGGAAUGCCAUAUAUUCGUCUCAUCCCUAAAGUCACGGCAGUAUCAGGAGAGGUUCUUCAGCUCAAAUGUCCAGUUGCGGGUUAUCCUAUUGAAGAGAUCCAUUGGGAAAGGGGUGGCAGAGAACUUCCAGACGAUUUGAGACAGAAAGUUAUGCCGGAUGGAACUCUCGUCAUCAACCCCGUUGAGAAGAAAGCCGACAGCGGAGUUUACACUUGUUGGGCUAGAAAUAAACAGGGACAUAGCGCCAGACGUAGCGGAGAAGUAACAGUGAUAGUUCCUCCUAAAGUUAGCCCAUUCUACACCGAAGAGACCCUACACGUCGGUGAUAGGGCGAGUAUCACUUGCUCGGUAACUAAAGGUGACCUUCCCUUAACGAUAACUUGGCACAAAGACGGACAUAUGGUACAACCCAGCCGCUCAAUGUCAAUAACUCAAGUGGAUCAGUUUACUAGCAUUUUAGUUAUCGAGAGCCUGACGCCAGAUCACAAUGGAAAUUAUUCAUGCAUUGUAAGGAACGCAGCUGCAGAGGUAUCUCAUAUGCAGCAAUUAUUAGUCAACGUUCCUCCUAUUAUUGAGCCUUUUUCCUUCCAAGAUGGGCUGUCUGAAGGCAUGCGCACCCGAACUGUUUGUGGCGUGAGUUCUGGGGACCCGCCACUAGUGGUCUCCUGGCUCAAGGACGGCCAGCCGUUGACUCCAUCGUUGGGCGUAAACGUUUCAGCCCUUGAUCCCUAUUCUAGUCUCCUCAGCAUUUCUAGUCUCGAUUCUCGCCUCUCGGGGGACUUCACCUGCGUGGCCAGUAACCCGGCCGCUGAGGUCAGGUACACCGCAAAGCUGCAGGUCAAAGUGCCCCCGAGAUGGUUGGUUGAGCCAGUAGAUGUGAGUGUGGAAAGGAAACGGAACGUUGCCUUACACUGUCAGGCCCAAGGUGUUCCUACUCCAACUGUUACAUGGAAAAAAUCUACAGCCAGCAAAUCAGGUGAUUAUGAGGAAGUUCGGGACCACACCUACACAAAAUUGCUUGGAAACGGCACCUUACUGCUUCAACAUGUAAAGGAAGAUAGAGAAGGUUUUUACCUAUGCCAAGCUGAAAACGGAAUAGGAACAGGUAUCGGGAAAGUGAUCCAGUUAAGGGUGAAUUCAUCACCUUAUUUUGCUGUUCCAUCAAGGCAAGUAACAGUCAAGAAAGGAGACAAAGCCGUUUUACAUUGUGACGUUAAUGGUGAUAAACCAAUUAGCGUCACUUGGUUGCGAGGAGGCACGAAGGAAUUGAACCCUGCUACUAACUACAGGCUUAAUAUAAAACAAGAUGUGACGCCUGAUGGUGUGUCGGCCGAACUGCAAAUUUUGAACGCUGAUGCAACUGACAACGGUGCUUAUUUUUGUCAAGCAACGAAUAUGUAUGGGAAAGAUCAGCAAUUAGUACAGCUUCUAGUUCAGGAACCCCCAAUGAGUCCACAGAACGUUGAGGCGACAAUGAUAGGUAGUAGAUCUAUAAACUUGAAGUGGCAACAUAGAUCGGGAGAUUCCAGUGAGGUAUUUAAGUUCAUCGUAGAGUAUAGACAACAAGAUAAACCGUGGCAAUACAUUGAAGUAACUGAUGUUCCUUUACCAUAUGCUGCUUUGAUUGAAGACCUGAAGCCUGCGACAAGAUAUUUAUUUCGUAUAAUUGCGGAAGGUCCAGCAGGAAGAAGCAAUCCAAGUGCAGAGCUUUCUGUGAGGACUGAGCCACAAAGGCCUGGUGGCCCACCACUUAAUGUUGGGGUUAGGCCAGUCUCUUCAACUGAAUUGUUAGUAACAUGGUCUCCACCGGUAGCAGAGCUACGUCAUGGAGAUAUUCAAGGUUUCAAUAUCGGAUACCGCACAUCGAGCAUGGGUUCAUACAAUUUCACAUCUGUACCGGGUGAUGGAGAAGAUGGCGGAGAAAUACUUUUAGCUAAUUUAGAGAAAUUUACGAGAUACACAAUAGUAGUUCAGGCUUUCAAUGAAGUUGGAAUGGGACCUACUUCUGAUCCUGUCACUGAGCAAACAAUGGAAGAUGUUCCCAGCAUGCCCCCAGACGAUGUCAGAUGCGCAGCAUUGACGUCCCAAUCUGUACAAGUCAGUUGGCAACCACCUCCUACUAUACAUUGUAAUGGUCUGUUACAGGGAUAUAAACUUAUUUAUGAGCCUGUGCUGGAUGACAACUUGAGGGGAAAUGACGAAAUGGAAACGAGAAAAACUACAGCUUUGACAACAGUAAUCACAGGGUUAAGCAAAUUCACCAACUACAGUUUACAAGUUUUGGCUUAUACAAAAGUCGGUGAUGGCGUCCUCACUGCCCCAACAUACUGCCAAACCGGCGAAGAUGUGCCCGGCCCACCCUUCGAUAUAAAGGUAGUUGUAAGUAGUCCGCAAUCACUGAGAAUAUCAUGGCUGCCACCAAUUGAGCCCAAUGGCAUACUCACCAAAUUUAGUCUCUACAAGAGGAGUAUGGACGGAGGCAAUGAAAUUGAUCACAAUAAACAGACUAUAAGUACCCAGCAAACAGAUUAUGAAGUGAAGAAUAUUCAACCUCUCAUUGAGUAUCAAUUUUGGGUGACGGCAUCCACGAGAAUCGGCGAAGGACCAAAUUCGAAGACCGUUAGCCAAGUGAUUACUUCAAGAGUCCCUGCAAGAAUAGUUUCAUUUGGUGGCUUGGUGGUUAAACCGUGGAGAAGUUCGGUCACCUUACCCUGUGAAUCAGUAGGUUCUCCAAGACGAGAAUGGAUCCACGCUGAGCAAGUGUUGAAAGGAGGAGCGAAUCAUAAUCAGCAAUUGCUGGAUACUGGGGAACUGAUUAUCUCCAAUCUGCAGAAGUCGGAUACCGGAAAUUAUUCAUGCCAGGUUGAUAACGGUCAGGGAUCGGAUCGUAUAACGUACUACCUGCUAGUACAAGUAACCCCUUCUGCCCCUAUAUUGUACGUGGCUAGUGCCACGAGCAGCAGCAUUCUUCUACAUUGGAAGCCCGGAAGCAAUGGUGGUGCUCCAGUUAAUGGUUUCACCCUGAGUUUCAAGAAAGAACAUGAUAAUGUUGAAGAGGUAGCUCUGUCUCGACAUGCAACCAAUUAUGAGUUGAAGGGUUUAUCUUGCGGAACAACAUAUCACUUGUACCUGACCGCCACUAACAAGAUUGGUACUUCACCUGCUAGUGAUCCUUUGCAAGCUAGAACUCAGGGAAGUCCCCCAGGUGUGCCACCUUCCUCUUCUUUCAUUUUUCCUAACUCAACAUCUGUGAUAUUAAGGCUACACAUCUGGCCAGACAAUGGCUGUCCUAUUUCAUACUUCGUUCUGCAGUACCGGAAAUCCAUCGACUCGCAAUGGACACUUGUGUCCAGUGCAUUGAAGCCGCAGCGCAAGACAUCGAUCACUGGUUUGUCGUCAGCCACUCAAUAUAUAGUUAAAGUGGAGGCACACAACGUAGCUGGUUACUCCUUUGAAGAAUUUACCUUCAUAACGCUCACAAAAGAAGGAGAUAUACCUUCUCAACAUCUUAUGAAGAAUAACAACGACUCAGAUUCUUUUUAUACAGAUAUUAAGAUUAUCCUUCCAGCUGCAGGAGCAGGAAUUUUACUGGUUUUGUUAAUAGUCAUAAUUUUAUCCUACUUGAAACGUCGCAGGAAUGAGGCUGCUAAAGAACGUUUGGAAAAUUUGCAAAAUGCAGAAGCACAGAGAGAAAGAUACUAUGCCACAAUACAUAAAGUGGGAUUACAAGGCGAAAAAAUACCAGAAACAUCAGAAGACAUAUCACCCUACGCUACUUUCCAAUUGUCAGAACCCAGUACCCUUCCAGUAACAACAGCAAUGCUGCACAGUUUCAUGUACCAUGAACAUCCUAUGACUGAAGGUUGUGCCUCAACCCCUCCGGCCACUUCAUCAAUACAGAGGAACUCUCCAUACUAUAAUAUGCAGAAAUUGCAAAGUAAAGGUCACGGAAGGAGAAAAGCUGGCAGGAAAACGGACUUAGAUAGUGAAGAAAGUGAGUCAGAUGGUGACCAAUUAACAUCGAGUAGGACGGAAUCGUCCAAUCACCUAGAUAUGAAGCUCAAACACAGUUAUCUCUACCAUGGAGCCCAAUCUAGUACUUCAUCGGACAUAUCACCAAUGUGCGAACAGAAAUCCUUACCGAGGAGAAACAGAUCGAGGUGGCUAUCUCAAGGUCGGAGCCCAACUCAGAGACAAAUGCUCGCACUUACCGUUGCCGAAACGACGUUCUUGGAGAGACCGGACCAAAGUGAACAGAACACCCCUGAUAGACCUGCAGAGCUGAGUGAGGCCGAAUGUGACAUCGACACCCUGAAAAAAAUCAAACUAGGACUUCGCUCAUCUCUAUGGUCAAGACCAGCCAGUUCAAGUGGGCAACCUACAGAUUAUUCUAUUGCUGUCUAGACAUAAUAUUAAUAAAAUUAAAUUAUCGAGAUAUCAAAAUCAAAGUUACAAAUUUUAUACUAAAAUUCAGAGAAAUUGAGUUUAUAAUUAUAUAUGUAUAUAUAAGGUUUUUGGAUCAAUUUUAUUAGAGUUUAAUUAAUCAAUUUCUAGGUAAUACCAACCCCAUAAGUACAAUGUAAUACAGAUACAAUCAGUGAUGAAUAUUAAUCAAACGAUAACCCUUAAUUCUCAAAUCCCAAUAUGAAGCAGAUAAAUUAUGGAUAGUUGAAUUCAGAAAAAUAUAGUCACUUAUUGUUUUCAA